AUGUCGAACAAAUCAUUCCAUGAUGUGAAUGAUGAAAUUCCAGAGCUGUUGGACAGUGAAAUUAUUAAAAUGGAAGAUUUCUUACAUACGGAACUAAUAAUUAAGGAAGAAGAUGAUGAAAGGCCAUAUUCUUGUGAUAUUUGUAAUAAAAAAUUUACACAACCCCAUCAUGUACGAGUGCAUAAACGAACUCAUACAGGAGAACGGCCAUAUGUAUGUGAUGUCUGUGAUAAAACAUUUGCUAAUCAAGGUAAUUUAAAUGUACAUUAUCGAGGUCAUACUGGCGAAAAACCAUUUUCGUGUGAAUUUUGUGAUAAUAAAUAUUCAGAUAGGACUAGUUUAGUAACACAUAAACGAAGACAUACAGGAGAACGACCAUAUACGUGUGAUUUUUGUGAGAAAACAUUUAUCAAUCAGAGUAAUUUGGAAUCGCACAAAAAAGUCCAUACUGGAGAAAAACCAUAUUCGUGUGAUGUCUGUAAUAAACGUUUUUCACAACAUAGUCGUUUAAUUUUACAUAAGAAAAAACAUUUGCGUAAAUAGUUUCAAUAAUUAAGUAUUUCUUAGUAGGAAAACGCAAUAUCAUUGAUGCCAAAAAUUCAUGGGAGCUUCAAAAUUCUUAUUUCAAUUUUCGACAAAUAUUAAUUAAAACAAUUAAUAAAUGGAUAAUAUUGCAUUAAAUUACAGGAAUUAUUUUUAAUAGGGUUUAGUUGCACGUACUGAGAAUAAAACAACUAAUUCCGAUCUGGCAUAAGUGCCAUUUCGAGAAAACUGUAUGCCUGUAUGUCGGAAGGUAUGGUUUUUAAAGAUAGUCCACAUAAAAAGCAAGCAAUAAGACGUAAAUGGUAGUUUUUAUUAAAACAUUUAUGAAACACAAAAGAUUAUUUUAUUAUCCAUAAUAAUUGACAUAACAGUUUUCAUCUAGAACUCUCUUAUGCCGAAUCGAAAUUUGUACGGAUUUUAUGGUUUUAUACUCAGUACGUGAUACAAAACACGAUUAACUCAUAAUUUAAGGCAAUGCAAAUGUGUGUUUCAAAAUUUCUUAUUUU